AUGAAAAGACUUUGGCUGUUUGUUUUCAGUGCAAUUUUGGCGACUGCACAUGCCCUCACUGUGGAAGCACCUACCAAGGAAACACAAGUGGCACGAGGGAACAACGUUACUCUCCACUGCCAAUUUAAAACCGAGGCUUCCUUUGACUCAGGAGACAUUGUCGUCUGGAGAAGACUCAAGAGUGUGGAUGAUGCUGUCACUAGGUACUUUGAUGGACUUGUCCAGUAUGGCAAGGGUUAUGAAAACCGCCUAUGGUUCAGUGGUGAUGUAAACGCAGGGGACAUCAGCAUCACCAUCAGCGCGGUGACCAUGGCAGACAACGGCACGUACGCGUGUAGCGUGCGGCUGAGGAACGACCCCCCCCGGCAGACCGCAACCUUGGCUCUUUUCGUCCUUGUUGCACCAUCCAAGCCAGAAUGCAAGAUUCUGGGGACAGCAGAAUAUGGACAGACAAUCAAUCUGACCUGCAAUUCACAUGAGGGCUCCCCAAAGCCAAGAUAUACCUGGCAAAGCUUCAACGUACAAAAUGAGCCCCGUACACUACAAACAACAGAAGGGGAACAAAUAACUCUGAAGAAUAUCUCAGCAGAUACUUCUGGCUUUUACAUCUGCACUUCAACAAACAUCGUGGGAAAGGAAUUUUGCAACAUGACAGUCAGCGUAAUGCCACCAUCCAUGAACAUAGCUCUCUACGCUGGCAUCAUUGGUGGAGCUGUUGCUGCAAUUAUAGUUAUUAGUAUUUUAGUCUAUUGCUGCUGCUGUCGGACAGAGAAGGAAAAGGACUAUGAGAUGACGGAGCAAGAAGAUAGAAGUGAACCCUCCAAGGAAACACCUGCAAGGCAUCCAAGAGCAGAGGAUGAUGUUGAAGAUGAAUGA